AUGCAGCUCUACCAAAACCUCAAGCACGAUGAUGCACUGAACACCAACCAGUACGCUGAAGCUAGAGCGAUUCUCUACGCUGCUCGUUAUGCAAAAAGAGCCGGAAUUAAUCGCUUAGAAAUCCGCACGGAUUCGAAGUUCUGCAUCGAGAGUCUGACCAAGUUCAUUGACAACUGGAUUCGCAACGCCGACAAGGAUGGAAUUUGGCGCUCGCAGAAAGGAAGCCCCGUCGUCCACCAAAAAAUCUUCCGCGAAAUCUACAACAUUUCUAAGCGCGUCAACAUUUCUUACCAAUACGUUCCAGGACAUAGUGGCGAGCGUGGCAACGAUGCUGCAGACAGACUUGCGGAAGUCGCAGCGGAUCGUGCCACCUACUUCUACAAUCGAAAGAAGCUACAGGCAAAGUCUGCGGCUUCUUCUGGGCAACAAAAGUCUUCCAAGCUUACUGCCGAUGAUCUGAUCAACAACAACAACGUCGCCCGUAUUGGAUUGUUGCGAUUCUCCGAGAUGCAGCCCUUCCGAAGCCUCUACAUCCGUAAUGACGGCUAUCUCGUUGAUGACGAUGACAUCGUCGUCGUAUACACGGACGGCGCGUGCCGAGGCAAUCAUCGAAGAGAUGUACGCCACAGCGGCUCUGGUGUGUACUGGGGCGACUACCGAAAAAAUGGCCGAUUCUCUGUCUACUUCCCGAGGCACAACAUCGAAGAGAACACCAACCAAUUCGCCGAAGCUAGAGCGAUUCUCUACGCUGCACGUCACGCAGCCAAGUACGAAAUCGACAGCUUAGAAAUCCGGACAGAUUCCAUGUUCUGCAUCGACAGUUUGACCGAUUACAUUUACAAGUGGAUUGACAACGCUGAUGACGAUGGAACUUGGUACUCGUCGAGAGGAAGACCCGUCGUUCACCAAGAAAUCUUCAGCGAAAUCCACGACAUCGCAAACAAUCAAGUCGACAUUUCGUACCAAUACGUUGAAGGCCAUUCUGGCGAGGAGGGCAACGAAGAGGCAAAUCGACUCGCAGAAGCAGCAGCUGAUCAGGCCAAGCAGUUCUACUUGAAUGAGUACGAUUAG